AUGGGUGAAAUGGCUGACCCUGGUCGUCUGUUGCGAUUGGCUAGAGACAUUAAUCAUCUGGGAGCAGCCAAGUUUCAUGGAAGCAUGGAUUACAUGGUGGCUGAUCAAUGGGUCGAGGAUAUGGAGAAUUAUUUCGAGAUGAUGGACUGUAAUGAGAUCGAAAAGAGGAAGUUAGCCACUUUCAUGCUAAAGGGUGAGGCUAGGGUGUGGUGGAAUUGUAUGCAAAAGACCAUUGAUGUGACCACCUUGACUUGGGAUGGUUUUGUGAGACUAUUCCGAGAGAAGUACUUUCCAGCUUCAGUGAGAGAAAAAUUGGAACGGGAGUUCCUCUCACUAACACAAGGGAAGAUGACGGUGACAGAGUAUGAGGCAGAGUUCUCUAGGCUAUAUAGGUUUGUGAAAUCAAUGGAUGCUGAGGAUUUGGCCAAGAAGUUUCAGCGGGGGUUGAAUGCUUCCAUUGAGCGUGAUGUGGCCAUUUUGGAACUGAAGGUCAUGAAGGAAAUUCUAGCAAAGGCUCUGAUCAUUGAGCAACAGAACUUGAUUCAUAAGGAGAAGGAAACAGCUGAGAGGGAUUUUCAGGGAAAGGGAAAGGCAGUGGCAGGUAACAGUGGAUCCAGAGACUUUAGGGGUGGAUACUGGAAGAGACAAAAGACUCAGUUCCACCAUCAGGCCCCAGCUAGAGUAGCAGCAGCUCCUCUUCCUCCUAUUCGGGCCGUACCUGUCAGACAAGUUGCAGCUGCAGCGCCUGUGAGAUGUUAUAACUGCGAUGAGUUGGGUCAUCUCUCUAGGGCUUGCACUAAACCCAGGGCUAAGGGAUGCUUUCGUUGCGGACAGACUGGACACCUUGCCAAGGACUGUACUCGACCCCGUGUUGGAGGACAGGGUAAUCAGCAAAGGCUCUUACCUCCAGUACCAGCUAGAGUCUUUGCAAUCGGUCAGAGAGGCACUGGGGUGGAAGGUACUUUAUCUGUUUAUAACUAUCUUGCUAGAGUAUUGUUUGAUACGGGAGCCUCCCACUCUUUCAUAUCUAGUUCAGUAGUGGAUGUGUUGGGAUUGAUUGUCAUGCCUCUUACUAGAUCAUUAUGUGUUACAUCACCUCUGGGUGUGUCUCUUGAGCUGGAUAUGAUGAUUGUAUCCUUCCGUAUUCCUGGACAACCGGUGUUUCAUUACCGUUGUCUGAGGUCCGACGUUGCCAUGAGGGCAGGGAUUUUGGCUCAUAUUGAGUCAGGGAGUAGUAUUUCUGAGAUUACAGGGAUUCCUGUAGUUUCAGAAUAUGCUGAUGUGUUUAAGGAGAUACCAGGGUUACCUCCAAAAAGGGUAAUGGACUUCUCCAUUGAUGUGAUACCAGGUACUGCCCCUGUAUCGAAAGCACCCUAUCGGAUGGCUCCAGCUGAACUUCAGGAGUUGAAGGUUCAGAUUGAUGGAUUACUGACUCAAGGGUUCAUACAGGCUAGUGUAUCUCCUUGGGUUAAGGGUGAAGGAUGA